AUGACGAGCGUUCCAGUGUGGAAAUCACCUCGAUGGCCAAUCAGAACUUCAAACCAAACCAAAGUUGAAGUGGUCUCUAAGGUCUCGUUGUUGAUUCCAUCCAAACUGACUUCAACCAACAGGCUGCUGUGCAUCAAACCUGUCAGCUGGGCUGGCACACGUCUAUGCCAUUCAGAGAAAAGAGACCCCAAAGAAAGUACAAGUGUGAGGGCCAUGAUUCAGGCUCCCAGACCAGCGCUGUACCUUGGUUUGUCUGGGCUCAUCCCAUUUGUCACUGCUCCUCUCCUUAUGGCGACCACUCAGUCCUUCUACCCCGAGGUGGCUCAUGCGCAAAUCAUGUACGGCGCAUGUAUAGUUUCAUUCCUUGGAGGUGCCCGCUGGGGGUUUGCCAUUCCUGAUGGUAGUCCCGCCCAACCUGACUGGAUAAACUUGGGCAAUAGUGUAAUUCCAUCACUUAUAGCAUGGCUGGCACUGCUCUGCAGGGACAAUGUCGUAGAGGGGGCCAUGGUUGUUAUAAUUGGACUUGGACUGUCUUUGUACUACGACCUGACACUGCUACCUGGAUACCCCGAUUGGUUUAAAGCCAUGAGAACUGUUCUCACUCUCGUUGCUACCUUUUCACUUGUGGCAACGCUGAUUUUGAAGAAGUUCUGCACUGAGAAGAAACUAUUACUGUUCAGCCAUUAA